AUGGUGUCAGGCACCCAUCCAACACGACGAAAACAACGACAACGCAACUCAGGCUCUUUCUCCUCGAACCUAUCUAUACUAAGAUCGAAGAAAAAUGACAGAACCAACGACCGUCGAUAUGACAUUCGACACUUCCCUCGUGGAUGUCAAACCACCCACCAUUGACGCAAACACAUCUUUUUCAACUGUGGAAUCAGAUCAAGCAAGUACAUCUACCGUCCAGCCACGACCCCGAGUACCAAUCCACCACGUACCCACGCAAGACGCAUACAACCAAUGGGCCUCUCAGUACGAUUCCGACGGCAACAUGCUCCAAGCCAUCGACGAUAUCGAACUCACCACCUUCCUCCCCUCUUUCCUAUCACAAAUCCCCAAUCCCAAUCCCGCCCCCUCUUCCAUAGCAGAAAAAGAACAAGUCAAACUCCGCAUCCUCGACCUCGGCUGCGGCACCGGCCGCAACACCCUCAAACUCCUCCAGCACUUGACCCAAAGCCCUUGUUCCAAUCCGAGCAAAAUCAUCGGCAUCGACUUCUCUUCAGCCAUGCUCGAUAUAGCCCGCUCAAAACUCUCCCCUUUCGCCGUAGAAACCUGGGUCUUGCACUGCUGCGACAUGUUUUCCUCUUCACCCUCCUCCUUAACUAUUGAUCCAGUCCACGCCAUCCUCUCCACCCUCGUCCUCGAGCACAUUCCGCUCCCAACUUUCUUUUCCACCCUCUCUUCCUUACUCUUACCCUCUGGUGUAGCUCUGAUUACCAAUAUGCACCACGAGAUGGGAAGGUUGGGUGGACAGGCGGGGUUCGUGGAUGUUGAAACGGGGGUUAAGGUGAGGGGAGCCAGUUUUGUGCAUGAGGUUGGCGAGGUGCUUGAGCAGGCAAGGGAGAGUGGGUUUGAGGUGGUGGGGGUGAGGGAGAGGGAGGUUAAGAGGGGGGAUUUGGAUGGCGGGGUUGUUGGGGGGAGAGGGGAGAAGUGGGUUGGGGUUAAGGUUUGGAUGGGGGUUCUGGUGAGGAAGGUUAAGUGAGUGUGGGAGGUGGAAGAGAAGGAAUAGUUGUGGUGUUUGUUGUUGCUGUUAUUUUGAAGUGGGAUGUUGUAGUGUUGAUACUCGUCGAGUUUUUCUCUGUGCUAGCUUUUGAGUUUCUAGUCAUUAGUUGUGUUGGUAUGACAUUCUCGUAUUAGAUCUCAAUGGAAGAUAUAUUUUGUAGCUUUUAGUUUUCCAC